AACUGUCUAAACACAUAUAGCUGAGGUGCUAUUUCCGAGUGUCCAAAAGCAAAACACACUCUCUCUCUCUCAAAUCCCGAAGCGUCCUCUAUUUUCAACCUCCGGUGACCUCUUCAGUCUCUCUAAGAAAGAGAAAGGAACCUUGUUUAGUGCAACCUAGCUUUCCUUGAAAGACUCUUGCUUUGAUCAGAUGAUGAUAAAGCCGUGAAGAAUACCCUGCAAAAAGCUUUCCCCCCUGUCUUUCCAAACUGCCAUAACUGUCCCCUAAAAGAUAUUGACCACCCCACCGGUCCAGUUUUCUUCUGCACCCCAACCUUAAAUCUUGCACGGCGGAGAAAGAGUUGAACUGGUGUGUGUGAUGGGUGGGGAGGACGAUGGGUGGGUUGGAUGGCCGCCGGCGCCGAGUGGUUCCCCGCUCUACAUUCAGAAAGAUGAUCACUGGACGCACUUCGACAACUCCGUCAAUGCUGUUUCGUUUGGGUUUGUGGCCACUGCCAUUCUCAUUUCCAUGUUUCUUGUUAUGGCUAUAUUUGAGAAGUUUCUAAGAACCACCUCGCCGGCUCUGUCUCCGGCCGGUGGCCGCCGGAGACACUCCGACAUUGAGGCCCAGAAUCAUGUUGGUGGCUUAAUCAAUGCUAAGCUCGGCUACCCAUCUCCUAAAAUAUCAGCCAACGCCAGAGAAGUUUCAGUGGUGAUGCCUGGUAACAACGUUCCCACCUUUAUCGCACAUCCAGCUCCUGUGCCCUGUGCUCCAGAGCGGAUUGCAUGGCCUUCACAUCAACCGCAAUCCAACUUACAUGCUCCUCUCAGCUCUAAUUGAUCUCAGCAGCCAUCAACAGUUCGUCUUUUGAACCAUUUAUUAAACUCACAACAACCCGUUGUUGUGAGUAGAAUUGAGCGAGAUAGGGACUGGUACAUAUGCACAUUCAAGUGUUGAAAACCUGAACGGAGGCCACCGUUUUGUCUACAGGCUAUUAAGAUCACAGUUCGUGUACAUAUAGGUACUCUGGUCUUUUGCAGGCUUCCGCAAGUCUCUAGCAACAUUUGAAAACAUAUUUUCAUGGGAGGCGUCAUAUUGGAAAACAAACCACUGUUUUUCUUUUC